CAUCUUUGAGGUUAGUCUGUUUGUUACUGGAACACCAGCAUGGGGCAGUCUUUAACUACCCCUCUGAGCCUUACUCUAGAACACUGGUCAGACGUCUCUAAACGAGCGAGCAAUCAAACGCUCGAAGUCAAGAAGAAAAAGUGGCAGAGCUUCUGUUCCUCGGAAUGGCCCACAUUCAACAUGGGCUGGCCGCGGGACGGCACUUUCAACAAGAAUGUUAUUUUGCAGGUCAAGGAACGAGUCUUCGACAAAGGGCCCUGUGGACGCCCUGACCAGGUCGCUUAUAUCGUUACUUGGGAAAGUUUGACUAAUGACCCACCCCCCUGGGUGGCCCCCUUUAUUUUUCCAGAGAAAUCCCAACCCUCCCUAGGUCUCACUCCUUCGGCCCCGACUCCUCCCCUGCCUUCCCCUCCUCUGCCUUCCCUAUCAAAGACUCCCACCCCUACAGUCUCCUCCCUUUAUCCUGCACUGACGAAGGAGGAGACCCCCAAACUACAUGGGAGACCGAAGGAGACCCAUAAGCAGCCAUCUGUCCUUCCCCCUGACCCAAAUUCCCCUCUUGUCGACCUCCUAUCCGAAGAUCCUCCCCCCUACAACCCCCAGCAGGAGCCCGAAAAUAAUGAAGCAGAUCUUGCGACGUCCUCGCCCUUGUCACGGAGCUCCCCACCUACUGCCUCCCCUGUCAUGAGCAGGCUCCGGGGAAACCGGGAACCGUCUCCCCCGGACUCCACCUCUCAAGCAUUUCCCCUGCGACAGGGAAAUAACGGCCAGUUUCAAUACUGGCCCUUUUCCGCCUCUGAUCUAUACAACUGGAAACAACACAAUCCUCCCUUUUCCAAGGAUCCUAUGGCAUUAACUAGCUUAAUAGAGUCUAUUCUGCUUACACACCAACCAACCUGGGACGAUUGUCAACAGCUACUACAGACCCUCUUCACCUCUGAGGAAAAACAAAGGGUCUUCGUAGAGGCACGAAAGCAGGUUCCCGGAGAAGAUGGGAGGCCAACCCAGUUGCCCAACGAGAUUGAUGCUGCCUUCCCCCUCACUAGGCCUGACUGGGAUUUUACUACGAUCGCAGGUAGGACACACUUACGCCUUUAUCGCCAGUUGCUCAUAGUGGGUCUCCGAGGGGCUGGUCGUCGCCCCACAAAUUUGGCACAGGUAAAGCAAACGAUUCAAGGGGCAGAUGAGUCUCCAGCAGCUUUUUUAGAAAGGCUUAAGGAAGCAUAUCGUAUGUAUACGCCUUAUGAUCCCGAGGACCCAGGGCAGGCUAACGGCUUGUCAAUGUCCUUUAUCUGUCAGUCAGCACCUGACAUCAGGAACAAGUUACAGAGGCUGGAGAAUUUGCAGGGGUAUACACUACAGGAUCUACUUAAGGAGGCAGAGAAAAUCUUCAACAAAAGGGAGACUCAAGAAGAAAGGGAGGACCAUAUCCGUAGAGAGAAAGAAGAAAGGGAAGAUAGAUUGAGAAGGGAAGCAGAGGAAAAGGAGGAGGCUAGAGAUAGAAAAAGGAAUAGGGAAUUGAGCCGUCUCUUGGCCGCCGCAGUUCAGAGCCAGGAAAGUCAACAGGGAGAUAGGAUGGGAGAACGGAGAGGCCCUCGUGUGGAACGCGACCAAUGCGCCUACUGCAAGGAAAGAGGACACUGGGCGAAAGACUGCCCUAAAAAUACUCGUAAACCCAGAGGCCCCAAACCACGAGCCUCACUCCUGGCCCUAGAUGAAGACUAGGGAGGUCAGGGCCAGGAGCCCCCCCCCCCUGAGCCCAGGUUAACACUUGAUGUCGGGGGGCAGCCGGUUACUUUCCUAGUAGAUACUGGAGCCCAGCAUUCGGUUCUUACCCGGUCACCUGGACCGCUCAGUGAACGGACCGCUUGGGUACAAGGAGCCACCAGCGGAAGACAAUAUCGCUGGACCACCGAGCGGAAGGUGCAAUUAGCAACUGGUAAAGUAACUCAUUCUUUCCUACAUGUUCCAGACUGCCCCUAUCCAUUACUGGGGCGAGACUUACUCACCAAACUGAAAGCCCAAAUUCAUUUUGAGGGGACAGGAGUUCGAGUGUCGGGCCCAAACGGGGACCCCCUCCAGGUCUUGACUUUACAAUUGGAGGACGAAUACCGGCUAUACGAACAGGACCCCAAGGUACAAGGGUCCAGGGACUUGGACAUAUGGCUUACAGAGUACCCACAGGCAUGGGCCGAAACGGGAGGUAUGGGGCUAGCGCUACAGCAGCCCCCAUUGGUUGUAGCCCUAAAAGCCUCAGCCACCCCAAUCUCAGUCAAGCAAUACCCCAUGUCAAAUGAGGCCUACCAGGGGAUAAGACCUCAUAUCAAGAGGCUAUUAGAAGAAGGCAUACUGACUCCCUGCCGGUCACCUUGGAAUACCCCCCUCCUUCCAGUAAAGAAACCAGGGACGAAGGAUUACAGGCUGGUACAGGACCUCAGGGAAGUAAAUAAGAGAGUUGAAGACAUACACCCGACCGUCCCCAAUCCUAAUUUACUAAGCACCCUGCCACUUUCGCACACCUGGUAUACGGUGCUAGACUUGAAGGACGCCUUCUUCUGUCUCAGAUUAAGCCCCAAAAGUCAACCCCUUUUCGCCUUCGAAUGGAGAGACCCCGAAUUGGGGAUUUCAGGCCAACUGACAUGGACCCGGCUCCCACAGGGCUAUAAGAAUAGCCCCACCCUAUUUGAUGAGGCCUUACACCAGGACCUUGCAGACUUCAGAGUUCAACACCCGUCAUUGAUCCUGCUCCAGUAUGUGGAUGAUCUUCUGCUGGCAGCCCCCACAGAACAUGACUGCCGACAAGGUACGGGGGCCCUAUUGCAGACCCUGGGACGGCUGGGCUAUCGAGCAUCCGCCAAAAAGGCCCAGAUAUGCCAGACUGAGGUGACUUAUUUGGGAUAUAAGUUAAAAAAGGGACAGUGUUGGCUCACAGCCGCACGCAAAGCGACUGUAUCCUGCAUACCUGUACCCCGAAACCCUCGCCAGUUGAGGGAAUUCCUGGGGACAGCUGGGUUCUGCCGCUUAUGGAUACCAGGCUUCACUGAAAUGGCAGCUCCCCUCUAUCCCCUCACCAAGCAUGGGGUCCCAUUUGAAUGGACAGAUAAACAACAAGGGGCUUUCGAGAACAUCAAACGGGCCCUCCUCUCCUCCCCGGCACUGAGUUUGCCGGACGUCACUAAGCCAUUCGAACUGUUUGUUGAUGAAAAACAAGGAUAUGCCAAGGGGGUUUUGACCCAAAGACUUGGACCAUGGAAACGCCCUGUCGCAUACUUAUCAAAUAAAUUAGACCCAGUGGCCUCAGGCUGGCCCCCUUGCCUACGGAUGGUGGCAGCCAUUGCCGUCCUUAUUAAGGAUGCUGGCAAACUGACUUUGGGACAGCCCCUGACCAUUCUGGCACCCCAUGCCAUCGAGGCCUUGAUUAGGCAGCCCCCUGACCGGUGGCUCUCCAACGCCCGCAUGACCCACUACCAAUCCUUGCUGUUGGAUACAGACCGAAUCCAGUUUGGACCUGUAGUCGCCCUUAAUCCGGCGACCUUGUUACCCACACCGGAAGGACCAGACCAGCAUGACUGCCUUCAGAUCCUCGCAGAAAUGCAUGGAACCUGGACGGACUUGACUAAUCAGCCCCUCCCAGAUGCGGACCACACCUGGUACACCGAUGGGAGCAGUUACCUACUAAAUGGAGAACGCAGGGCGGGAGCCGCAGUUACCACGGAGACCCAGGUAAUCUGGGCCAGUGCAUUACCCAGUGGCACCUCGGCCCAACGAGCUGAACUCAUCGCUCUGACUCGAGCCCUUAGAUUGGCAGAAGGUAAGAAGCUGAAUGUUUAUACUGAUAGUCGGUAUGCAUUCGCCACUGCACACAUACAUGGAGAAAUAUACCGGAGACGAGGGCUCUUAACCUCAGAAGGCAAGGAAAUUAAAAAUAAAGCAGAGAUCCUUGCUCUAUUAGAAGCCUUAUUCCUCCCCAAAAGACUGAGCAUUAUGCACUGUCCCGGACACCAAAAAGGAGAUCACGCUGAGGCCAGAGGAAAUCGGCGGGCGGAUGAAGCGGCCCGAGAGGCUGCAUUGGGACCACAAAUUCUCCCCCUAAUAUCCGAGGCCGUCCAAUCCACAAUAGACUGGGCCUAUGAUAAAGAGGACAUACACCUACUCCAAAAAUUGGGGGCAGAAUACAACUCAGCGAAUAGACGAUGGAUUUAUCGGGGAAAAAUAGCAGUGCCCAUAAAAAUAACCCAUGAACUUAUAGACUAUUUACAUAAAUUGACCCAUUUGGGUACAAAGAAAAUGAAAAUCCUCCUAGACAGAAUGGAGACUGGACAAUUCCUCCUGAACAGGGAUAGGGCACUCCAACGGACAAUAGACAAUUGCAGGGCCUGUGCCCAAAUUAAUACAGGCCACUCGAAAACCCUCCAAGGGGUGCGUCUCCGAGGACACCGGCCUGGCAUCCACUGGGAAAUAGACUUCACCGAAAUUAAACCUGGUUUGUAUGGGUACAGAUACUUGCUGGUUUUUAUAGACACCUUUUCAGGAUGGGUAGAGGCCUAUCCCACCAAACAUGAAACAGCCAGGAUGGUUGCCAAGAUUAUUGGAAGAAAUUUUUCCCCGAUACGGGAUGCCAAAGGUAUUGGGAUCUGA